UGAACCCAACGAAUGACACGACCCUUGUGUAUAUUUAUGCUGUGAAUGUGCUUAGAAAACGUUCUCCUUGUGUAUACAUCGUCAUGUAAGCUACACCUUUGUCUGUUCCUGUGCCACUGCCUCGGUGCGCUCGAAACAAGUGCGUCUCACUCGACUUGUGGCACAGACGUGACUCCCAGACAGACGCCUCAGAACAGUCAAUGAAAAUGUGUUGUUAAAAAAAAAAAAUAGAAAAUGAAAGUGUCCGACAAGUAACCGUUACCAAGCCCCUCAACGACCAACAAACAUACGCAGUGCCUUACUCUGCCCUGCGGAGUGACUCGUCCGUCCACGCCCACUUACGAGGCUCCACCCACUGCUCCGUCCCGCCCCCCUCCGCAGCGCCACCACUGCCUGCCUCCCACGCCUCACCGCCACGAUGAGUGAGGCACCGGCGAAGGGCAAGGUUCUCAAGAAGAAGAAGGGGAAGAAGGCGCCCGCCCCGGCUGUGCCCACCGAGGAGGCGACGCCAGGACCAGCACCAGCUGCAACACCAGCACAGUCAGCAGCAGCAGCAGCGCCGGCUGUAGCGCCAGUACCGGCACAGCCAGCACCUGCACCUGCAGCUGCAGCGCCGCCACCGGUACCUUCGGUGAAGAAGAUAGCGCCACAGCCUCCGGAACCCAAAUCACCACCGGAGGCAGCCCCCGCAAUCCCAAAGGCGUUAAGGAAAACCAAAGCGGCGCCGGAGCCCCCGCAUCAGAAGGCGGCGGCGACGGCGGCGGCGGCGCCUCCAGCAGCACCUGAACCCGCGGCCAAAGCAGCGCUGGAACCAGAGACGCCACCGCCCAAGGCAGCGGCCAAGGCCCCGGCACCCAGGGCCCCGGCUCCCCAGCCACCCAAGGAGACGCCGGCACCUGCGACGCCGCAGGAAACUCCAGUCUCCAAGAAGGCUGCCAAGGCGCCCAAGGCAGUGCCCCAGGAACCACCGGCACCCAAAGACACAACAAAGCCGCCCCAACAGGCACCAGCACCAAAGGUAGUGCCUCAGCAGGCGCCGGCAUCACCAGCACCUCAGCAGGCACCAGCACCAAAGGCAGCGCCUCAGCAAACACCGGCACCAAAGGCAGUGCCUCAACAAGCACCAGCAGCACCGGCACCAAAGGCAGUGCCUCAACAAGCACCAGCAGCACCGGCACCAAAGGCAGCGCCUCAGCAAACACCAGCGGCACCGGCACCAAAGGCAGCGCCUCCGCAAACACCGGCACCAAAGGCAGUGCCUCAACAAGCACCAGCGGCACCGGCACCAAAGGCAGCGCCUCCGCAAGCACCAGCGGCACCGGCACCAAAGGCAGCGCCUCCGCAAGCACCAGCGGCACCGGCACCAAAGGCAGCGCCUCCGCAAGCACCAGCGGCACCGGCAGCACCAACAGCACCAAAGACAGCACCUCAGCCAGCACCAACAGCGUCUGUAGCAUCAAAAGCAGCGCCUCAGCAGGCACCAGCGGCACCAAAGACGGUGCCCCGGCAAGCACCAGCAGCUUCACUACCAAAGGCAGCGCCUCAGCAGCCAGCAGCGCCAACAGCAGCGCCUCAGCAGCCAGCAGCACCCGCAGCAGUGCCUCCGCAGCCACCAGCACUCAAGGAAGCACCAAAGACGCUUCAGCAAGCGCCAGCGCCCAAGACAACAGCAGCCGCUGCAGCACAGCAGGAAGCCGGAGAUGCCUCGUCCAGGAAGUUGACCAACUUCUUCAAGAUUGGCGUCAAAGACGAGGCCGUGGUGACCCAGGAGCCCCAAGCCCAGGUCCGCGCCGCCCCUCCCACCGCCGCUGCCGCCCCCGCCCCCGUCCAGGCCAUGAAGGGCAGCCUGAGCAGCGCCGCGGCCGCCCCGGGUGAGGGGGCGCCGCACCAGCAGCCGCAGGUCAGAGUUCUCACCCUGAACCACAAAGACCACCUCGACUCCACGCUCUUCCGUCUGCAGAAAGGAUGGAUCCUUCAGCUGCGUCCCGGCCCCACGCUUCAGGGGCGACACGUAAGCGUCUUCACGAACCACCCAGAGCGGCCCGAGGAGGGCUUCACCCGCACCAAGUACCGCCGCCUCCACUGGAAGAGCGACUCCCACAACAAGGGGGACGACACGGCCCUCUACGUGGAGGUGGCCCUCGUCAUGGCCGGCGCCUUCCACUACUACUUCUCCUACGAGGACAGGCAAGACAGAGAUAAAGCCCAAGGUUCUGGGUUCUAUCUGGUAGACCCGACACUGACGGUUGGUACAAACGAGGUUUUGAACCAAGACUGCAUCCAGUGCCAGACUGUGCUCUCCAAGGGCCUCGGCCCCCUGCCGGACUGGGAGCAGCGGCUAGAGGUGGCACGGGAGAGUGGCUACAACAUGAUCCACUUCACGCCCAUUCAGGAACUUGGAGCGUCCAAUUCAUCUUACUCCCUGAAAGACCAACACAGACUCAACGUUGAGUUCCAUGUUCCUGACCACGAGUUUACACUGGACGAUGUUGAAGCCCUGGUGAAGAAGAUGAAAGAAGAGUGGAAGGUGUUGUCCCUGACUGAUAUUGUGCUGAACCACACUGCCAACGAGACCACAUGGCUGCAAGAACACCCCGAGACGACCUACAACUGCAACAACUCGCCUCACCUGCGCCCGGCCUUUCUGCUGGACCGGGUGCUGCACCACAUGUCGCUGGAGGUGAUGGACGGCAAGUGGAAGGACAAAGGGAUUCCAGUAGCCAUCACGGAAGAGAAACAUGUUGAGGCUGUGAAGAACGCAUUGCACACCCACUUCUUUCCUCAAGCAAAGAUUCACGAGUUCUACGUCACCGACAUCGACAAGGUGGUGGAGGAGUUCCGGCGCCGGAUCUCCAGCGUUGUCCCCACCACCAGGUCGGAGGAAGUGUCCAAGAAUCAGUUAGUGAUCAUACAAGACCCCCAAUAUGGAAGGAAGACUUGCAAAGUUGAUAUGGACAUUGCAGUGAGACUCUAUAAUUUGCCCAAUGAGUCGAAAGAGAAGAGCCUCCAGGGUAGUGGACCUGAGGCCAGUGAUGAGGCUGACCGUGUGGUGCGCUGCUGUGCGGAGUUCCGCCGCCACCUGGAGCACCUCAACGAUCAGCGUGCCAGUGAGAUCCAGGCGCACCUCAUCAAGGCUGUGGAAUGUUGUCUGGGCACCAUCCGUUACCAGCGGCUUCAGCCUGAUGGACCAAAGAUUGCUGAAGUAUCAAAGGAGAAUCCACUAGUUCCUCCGUACUUUACUAAUUAUGGAAAAGACACUACUCUGGAGGACGAGGAGGCCCUGAUGUUUGGCCCGAAAGCUUGCUUCCUAAUGGCCCACAACGGGUGGGUCAUGGGGGAUGAUCCGCUGAAAAACUUUGCAAGAAAAGAAUCAUAUGUUUACUUGAGGAGAGAACUGGUUGCCUGGGGAGACAGCGUCAAGCUCAGGUAUGGGGAUGAGCCCAAGGACAGCCCCUACCUGUGGGACCUGAUGAAACGCUACUGUGAAUACACCGCACGCAUCUUCCACGGCAUUCGCCUCGACAACUGUCACUCAACACCCAUCCAUGUGGCAGAGUACAUGCUGGAUGCUGCAAGAAAGGUUCGGCCAGAUCUUUACGUGAUUGCAGAACUCUUUACCAACUCUGACCUGACAGACAACAUCUUCAUCAAUAGGCUGGGGAUCAACUCUCUCGUCAGAGAGGCCAUGUCGGCCCCGAACUCCCAUGAGGAGGGUCGCCUGGUGUACCGCUACGGAGGCGAGCCCGUGGGGGCCUUCCUGCUGCCUCCGGUGCGGCCGCUCAUCCCUUCGGUCGCUCAUGCCAUCUUCCUCGACUUGACGCACGACAACCGUAGCCCGGCCGAGGUGCGCACCGCCUGGGACAUGCUGCCGUCCACUGCCCUUGUCAAUAUGGCCUGCUGUGCCACCGGCUCCAACAGGGGCUAUGACGAACUUGUGCCCCAUCAUAUCCAUGUGGUGGACGAGCAGCGGGUGUACGCCGCCUGGAGCAAGGGCAGUCCACAGCGCGGGGAGGUCAACAAGAAGUCAGGGAUCAUUGAGUGCAAGAAUGUGCUCAACAAACUCCACUAUGAACUGGGUGCAAAUGGCUUCAAUCAGGUGUUUGUGGACCAGGUGACAGAACACGUGGUGACGGUGACGCGCCACAACCCUGUGAGCCACCAGAGUGUGGUGCUGGUGGCCUACACGUCCUUCAAACCCCCGGCACAAAUAAAGGAAGGCCACAUCCGCCCCCUCAAGGUGCAGGGUCAUCUGGAAGAAAUUAUUUUUGAAAUGCAAGUCAAAGGGAGGAAGUUAGGGGAUGAGGAUAAGAAGAUUCCGGGAGUUUUUGUCCCUGAUCUGGAGUUCAUCAAUGGUCUGGACAACUUCUCUGUGGAUGUCAAGGAACACGUGGCUCCCGACCAGUCCAGCUUUGUCCGUGUCGCGUCCAGCAAUGACUCGGACAUGACGGUGUGUGAAUACACCCCGAACUUCACCCCUGGCUCAGUCAUUGCCUUCAGGUUAAGUCUCCUGCCCCGCGCUCAGACCGCCAUCAACAAGAUUCGUGGGAUACUGUCGGAGUUUGGCUACAAGUCGAGAAUUUCUGAAGUCACAACCCACAACCCUGUGUUGACGGAAAUUGUGAACAGGCUCAGCCUGGUAGACCUGAAUCGUAUCCUUUAUCGCUGCGACGAUGAGGAAAAGGACGAGGGCAGGGGCUGGGGGACCUACAACAUCCCUAAAUACGGCCCACUGCUCUACUGUGGCCUGCAAGGUGUUGUGUCUGUACUCAGCGAGAUUCGUGUGAUAAAUGACCUUGGUCACCCGCUGUGUGGGAAUCUGCGUGAUGGUGACUGGCUCCUAGACUACAUCGUGGGGCGCCUCAAGCUGGAGCCGUCGACCCAGCGCCUGGCGGGCUGGCUGGAGGAGGUGUUUGGCUACCUGAAGGAUGUGCCGCGCUACCUCAUCCCGGCCUACUUUGAUUCCAUCAUCACCAGCAUCUACCUCACCCUCAUCAACAGGGCUUGGGCUCUGAUGGGAGAGUUUAUCUCUGAAGGCUCAAACUUUGUGAAGGCUCUUGGUUUAUGCUCAGUACAAUUUUGUGGCGUCGUCAAGUCUGCUCUGCUGCCGCCACUGUCCCCCAACCUGGCAGACCCCAAACCUCCAACUGUCCCUGACAGUUCAGGUGGCCAAAUCCAGUUGUCUGCCACCAUUGCUGCUGGUCUGCCACACUUCUCGGUUGGCUACAUGCGAAACUGGGGCCGAGACACCUUCAUCGCCCUCCCUGGGAACCUCCUCAUCCCCAGCAGAUAUGAUGAAGCCAGGUGGAUCAUCUUGGCGUUUGCGGGCACGCUGCGUCACGGCCUCAUUCCAAACCUCCUUGAUGGCGGGAAGAAGGCGCGAUUCAACUGUCGGGACUCUGUUUGGUUCUGGCUCAUGGCUAUCCAAAGAUAUGUAACGACUGUACCUGAAGGCUACAAGAUUCUGAAGGACAAGGUUUCUCGUCUCUAUCCAUCAGAUGAUUCUCCUCCACAAGAACCUGGGAAAUGUGAGCAACUGCUGGAGGAGGUGAUCCAAGAGGCUCUGCAGCGUCACUUCCAGGGUGUCAGGUUUAGGGAGAGGAAUGCUGGCUUCCAGAUCGACAGGCAGAUGACGGACGACGGAUUCAACAACAACGUGGGAGUGGAUCUGGAUACAGGUUUUGUGUAUGGUGGUUCUGUACACAACUGUGGGACCUGGAUGGACAAGAUGGGGUCCAGCGAGUUGGCCGGCACCAAGGGCAAACCAGCGACGCCUCGUGACGGCAGUGCCGUGGAGAUUGUUGGCCUGUCCAAGUCUGCUCUCGGCUUCCUGGGCCGGAUGCACCAGGAAGGACAUUUCUCCUACAACAGUGUGGAGCGCUGCGAUGAGACAGGAAAGGUAACCAAAUGGACAUACGAGUUCUGGGAGAAGAAAAUUGAAGAAAACUUUGAGAAGUUCUUCUGGGUCAAUGAGACGCCAGUGCCUGAGGCGGAGCCAAAGCCCGAGCUGAUCCACCGCCGGGGCAUAUACAAAGACUCCCACAACGCCUCACAGUUCUGGGCAGACUUCCAACUGCGAUGCAACUUCCCAAUUGCUAUCGCUGUGGCUCCUGAGAUGACGACGCCUAAGAAUGCCUGGGCUGCACUGAAGAAUGCAGAAAAAAUCUUGCUGGGACCUUUAGGCAUCAAGACGCUGGACCCCAAGGACUGGGGCUACAACGGGGACUAUGACAACUCCAACAACACUGCUGACUCAAAGUUGGCGCACGGUUUCAAUUACCACCAAGGUCCAGAGUGGCUGUGGCCUGUGGGGUGGCUCCUGCGUGCCCAGCUGGCCAUCGCUCCCAAGGUGGGUGGCUGUGAAGAGCUGGCGCGGACCAUGAGCCAUGUCAAGUCGCUCAUGGCCAACCACCUCACACACCUCCUCACCUCCUCGUGGCGCUCCCUCCCUGAGCUGACCAACGCUGACGGUGCCUUCUGCAAGGACUCCAACCCAGCACAGUCCUGGAGCACUGGCUGCCUACUGGAGGUGCUGUGGGAGAUGGAUCACAUAGAGCGAGGUCUAAAGAACAGCAUGAAUAGCAUUUGAAGAGACCCGGGCUACACCACCAUCCUUCCCCUGAACAACCUGCCCCAGCAUCCCUCGACCCUCCCCGUGCAGUGCCAAUACGACUUCCCCUCCAGCACCUCCUUCCCCUUAGAUGACAAUAGGCAGCACUACAAUCUAGGUCUUCAACCACACAACUCAAGUGAAA